AGGCGGGGCUCGAGUUGCGGUGCGAGAGGGAGGCGGCGACGGCCGCUGGGGCGAGGUGCGAGGCGGAGCGCGCGACGGCUGACUCGAGGAGCGGAUGUAAGUCUGAAUACAGCAGAAAAUGUCCACUGAACGAACUUCUUGGACAAGUUUGUCCACUAUUCAGAAAAUAGCACUGGGUCUCGGGAUCCCAGCCAGUGCAACGGUUGCCUAUAUCCUAUACCGCAGAUACAGGGAAAGCAGAGAAGAGCGGUUGACAUUUGUUGGGGAGGACGACAUUGAGAUAGAGAUGCGAGUUCCCCAGGAGGCUGUGAAGCUCAUCAUUGGCCGACAAGGAGCCAAUAUUAAACAGUUGCGGAAACAGACAGGUGCUCGGAUUGAUGUGGACACGGAGGAUGUAGGCGAUGAACGGGUGCUGCUUAUCAGUGGGUUUCCUGUUCAGGUGUGCAAGGCCAAAGCAGCCAUCCAUCAGAUCCUGACAGAGAAUACCCCCGUGUCUGAGCAGCUCUCAGUUCCCCAGAGAUCCGUGGGCAGGAUCAUAGGGAGAGGUGGGGAGACCAUUCGUUCUAUCUGUAAGGCCUCUGGAGCCAAGAUUACCUGUGACAAAGAAUCAGAGGGGACAUUGCUACUAUCAAGAUUGAUAAAAAUCUCAGGAACACAAAAGGAAGUGGCAGCAGCCAAGCAUUUGAUACUGGAGAAAGUUUCAGAAGAUGAAGAACUUCGGAAAAGAAUUGCUCAUUCUGCAGAAACCAGAGUCCCACGCAAGCAGCCCAUCAGUGUAAGAAGAGAGGAAGUGACAGAGUCUGGUGGAGCUGGAGAGCCAGCUUUGUGGAAAAACGCUGGUACUGGUGCAGAGCUGGAGCCAGCUACACCACCGGGAGCUCCUCCCCGAAAAGGAGGCGGUGACACGGCUGUUGUAGGGCCAGAAGGUGCUUGGGAGAAACCUAAUGGUGACAGCUUUCAGAAAUCUGGAGCCCAGACCAGUCCAGAGAUGUCCAUGUUUGAAAUCCCCAGCCCUGACUUCAGUUUCCAUGCCGAUGAGUUCCUGGAAGUCUAUGUCUCUGCCUCUGAACAUCCCAACCACUUCUGGAUCCAGAUCAUUGGCUCCCGCAGCCUGCAGCUGGAUAAGCUUGUCAGUGAGAUGACCCAGCACUAUGAGAAUAGUCUGCCUGAAGACUUGACUGUGCACGUGGGAGACAUUGUAGCAGCACCUUUACCUACAAAUGGUUCCUGGUAUAGAGCUCGGGUCCUUGGCACCUUGGAGAAUGGGAACCUAGACCUCUACUUCGUUGACUUUGGAGAUAAUGGAGAUUGCCCACUGAAGGACCUCCGGGCACUCAGGAGUGACUUCCUAAGCCUUCCAUUCCAAGCAAUAGAGUGUAGUCUGGCACGGAUCGCCCCCUCAGGUGAACAGUGGGAAGAGGAAGCUUUGGAUGAGUUUGACAGACUCACUCACUGUGCUGACUGGAAGCCCCUGGUGGCCAAGAUCUCCAGCUAUGUCCAGACUGGGAUCUCAACUUGGCCCAAGAUUUACUUAUAUGAUACUAGCAAUGGGAAGAAACUUGAUAUUGGGUUAGAAUUAGUUCGUAAAGGAUACGCAGUGGAGCUCCUGGAAGAUGUGGAAGAAAACAGAGCUGUCCCAGACAUGUUGCAUGACGUGGCCACAGAAACCAAUGUCUCUCUCGGCAGCGUGCUCGCUGAGACCAAGAAGAGCCCUGGAGAGAUAGCAAAUACCCUGUCCUGCCUCAGCUUAUCAGAAGCUGCCUCCAUAUCUGGUGACGACAACCUGGACGAUGACUACUUACUCUGA